AUGCAAACAGCAGGACUUACAAACGACUACAGAAGUCGCUCUCUACCCACAGAAGAAGCCCACGAAGAACAGGCUGACCAGUGCAGCAGAUUCUUCAAGGUGCUGAAAGUAGAAUACCCCAAGUUCUUCACAAUGGCGUUCCUUUACUACUCCAUUGUUCUCGCAUACUCUAUCCUAAGAGACACAAAAGACGCUGUCGUCAUGGACAGAAUGUUGCCCGCCUCAAUACAGUAUCUCAAAUCUUUCAUUGUCAUCGCAGCCACAAUGUCGUUUGCCAUUCUCUUCCAGUUCCUUCUCUCGCGAGGAGUAACGCUGGAGAAGCUUAUGUUCGUGUUCAACAUGUCCUUUGGAAUCUUCUUCCUUGUGUACGCGCUCAUCCUUCUGCCAAGCGUGGACUACAUAGAGCCGUACAAGUUCUGGAUCCACGACAUUUUCGCAGAUAAAAAAAUGUUCAUCAACGGACUGGCAUCUCUCGAAGGGCUUUUCCUCACAAUCAACUUCUGGACAGGAACUCUCCUGUACAUCUCAGCAGAGCUGUGGGGUAACGUCAUGACCUCUGUCAUGUUCUUCGCCGUAGCCAACGAAAUAUGCCCGCUGAAACAGGCCCUGAGAUUCUACCCGCUUUUCAUCAUAGGAGCAAACCUCGGGCUUAUCACCUCAGGAGGAUUCAUGGUGUCGAACUACUACCUGCUCAAGACAUUCCCGCAGCACAAGAUCAAGAUCAUCUCCGCAUUUGUAACGGCUGUUUCCGGGCUCUGCCUGAUUAAUGUCUUCACAUACAGACACCUCGUCAGAAACAUCAUCCCAUACCCCAUCUACAUCGUGUCAGAGGCCAGAAGAAGCACAAAGUCAAAGGAAAAAGUCGGAAUCAUCGACGGAUUCAAGAUCAUGUUCAAGACGCCAAUUGUCCUGCACUUGUCCAUCACUGUGCUCGGAUACGGUCUGUGCACGAACCUCACAGAGGCUGCAUUCAAAUCUGCAGUUAGAGAGUCCUCAAAGAAGUCGGGAGAAGACGUCAUGACAAACUUUGUCCUCACGCAGGGGCUCCAGCAGCUGUGCAUUGGUCUGCUGGUCAUCGCCAUUCUCUUCUCGCCUGUUAAGUCGCUCAUCCAGAAGAAAGGAUGGCUCGCACUCGGAAUGUUCACUCCCGUGCUUUCCCUUAUCUCUGCCACAUCUUUCCUUCUGUUUGUCUGGGCCAACGCCUCAGUGACCGUUACAGGAAAAGACGCAGAGAACUUGCUGAACAGAUUUGGAAAGAGGCUUUUCACUCUCAUCGGGUGGACUGCAAUGACAAAUGCAGAGUACUACUUUGGAUUCUUAGCCGUGAACACGAUAAAGAUUCUGAAGUACGCAGCCUUCGAUAUAGGAAAGGAGGCGAUUGGAGUGAAGAUCCCCAAGCAGUACAAAGCCAGAUUCAAGGGAGUGUACGACGGAGUGUGUGGAAAGCUCGGAAAGUCGCUUUCAUCGAACGUGCAGAUCGUGAUCCUUGGGCUCCUCAAUCUCUCAGAUAUCAGAACCGCGUCACUGCUUCUGCUGAUAACCGUGGUGCUUGUGGCAACCGUGUGGAGCAUGUCCACCCUGUACCUUGGAAGAAGAUACGAUGAAGCCGUCAGAGAGGACAGAGAUCUGUACAUCGGAGAGACAGAAGACGCAAAGACAGCAGCACAACUCAAAAAAGAGAGCAAACUCGUUCAAUAA